GGCGAAUGGAAAGCGGAAGAGGCGGAGCCAAUGGGUGGAGAGUUAGCUCGCAAUUGGGCGGCGUGCUGAGUGGCUGUUGCUAGGCAGGCUAAGAUGGCUGCUUUGGACAGGGUCAAGGUGCUGGUGCUGGGGGAUUCCGGUGUUGGGAAAUCUUCACUUGUUCAUCUGUUGUGCCAAAAUCAGGUGUUGGGAAAUCCAUCUUGGACUGUGGGCUGCUCAGUGGAUGUGCGAAUUCAUGACUACAAAGAGGGGACCCCAGAAGAGAAGACCUACUACACUGAAUUGUGGGAUGUUGGAGGUUCAGUGGGCAGCGCUAGUAGUAUGAAAAGCACACGAGCAGUAUUUUACAACUCUGUGAAUGGCAUCAUUUUGGUGCAUGACUUAACCAACAAAAAGUCUUCUCAAAACUUGUAUCGCUGGUCACUGGAAGCCCUCAACAGGGAUGUGGUUCCAACAGGAGUUCUCGUAACAAAUGGGGACUAUGACCGUGAACAGUUUGCUGAUAACCAGAUUCCCCUACUGGUAAUAGGAACCAAACUGGAUCAGAUCCCAGAGGCUAAGCGCAAUGAAGUUUUGACCAGAACAGCUUUCCUGGCUGAGGAUUUCAAUGCAGAAGAGAUUAAUUUGGACUGCACCAACCCCCGCUAUCUGGCUGCAGGUUCAUCCAAUGCUGUCAAGCUCAGCAGGUUUUUUGAUAAGGUCAUAGAGAAGAGGUACUUUUUACGAGAUGGUAAUCAGAUUCCUGGCUUUUCAGAUAGAAAAAGAUUUGGAGGAGGUACGCUGAAGAACCUUCAUUAUGACUGAACACUGCUCACCAUCCAGAGAUUGAGCAGGAGAGUCAUUCUCUCCAUUUGCAACAACAUUCCUAUCCUGUUGAAUGCUUCAAGGCAGUGAUGCUCAUGCCAGGCAGAAUAAAGAGUAAGCAGUGCUUUGGCCAGCUCAACUAGUGGAGCUACUGAUGCUGAUGAAGGCACGGGGGAAAAUUCCCCAAACCUGACUUUGGGUCUAGACUCUCCUAGGCUCACAGGCCUUCUGGAAAUAUGGGAUCUUUUGGGAUUUGUGCAAUAUAUUUAGUGUCUUCCACACAGCUGUGGAAAGCAUUAUCAUGCACAGCAUGUAUGUGUAAUUUUUUUCCUCCAUUUUGGAAGAUUUAUGAACUCUCUACAAUGAAUUACAUUCAUUUUACCUCUAGCUGAAAGAUGAGACUGAGUGGGCUUUUCAUUUGCACUUAAGUAAAGAAAAACAAGGAAAGCAGAAUGAAUCUAAAUGUGUAAGGAAUGGAAUAGAAAGGAAAUAUUAGAAUGCUACUAUAUAAAUGAAUGGGUGCAGCUUC